AUGUCAUCCAGUACUAGUGCUGUUGCAUCGGGUAAAACAAGUUCGAAAUCGGUUGGACGACCGGCUUUGAAAAAUUUAACUCGAUCGCGAGUACCCAGAGCUGGUAUUAUUGGUUUUAGUCUUGGUGCUGUAUCUGCUCUUAUGUAUAAAUUCUUAAUAUCUGAUCGACAUAAACGUGAAAUAUCAACAUUUUACAAAAAUUACGAUCCGGAACGAGAUUAUGCUCGUAUGAAAGCAGCUGGUGUAUUUAAAAGUCUUGAGAGUCAGGAACGUCCUGAAUGGCUUAAUGAUUAUGAAAAAGAACUUGACGACGCCAUUGCUUCGUUACAAAUACGUAGUGGCAGCAAAUGGUAA